AUGGGGAACAAGUUUGCAUGUGCACACGUGGAUAUAAAAUGUGUGUGUUUAAGUGGUUGGUUUGGCGAGGAAGAUCAUUGUCAGAUAAAGGACAAUUUAACCACUGUACGUGAAUGCGACAAAGGAUGGUUUGGGGAAUGGUGUCAGGAUCAGUGUCUUAAUGAUACAAUGUGCCGAUCAAACGAGUUUUGCACCUUUCGUAAUACCGGUUUAGUUUCAACAAGUGGUCAUCAAUGCCGUUGUGCUCCUGGAUGGUUUGGUAGAAAUUGUACUAUUGACAAAGAUGAGUGCAGAACACACCCAUGUCCAAAAACUGCAACAUGCAUUAACACACCGGGUUCGUUUGAUUGUCACUGCCUUUCUGCUUGGAAGGGAGUUAACUGUAAUAUUGAUGUGGACGAAUGUUUGACAAAUCCUUGUAAACAUUCAUCAAAUUGCACGAAUACACCAGGGAGUUACAACUGCACAUGCGCAGAAGGAUGGACGGGAGAUAACUGUGAAGAAGAUAUUGACGAGUGCUCACUGACUCCAUGCAAUGGUUCUACCAACUGCGAAAACGUCCCUGGAUCUUAUACAUGUUCAGAAAUUACCGACACCGGAAGCGUGUAUGUUGUCAUUGGAUCUGUUGUAGGCUCAGUGUUGAUGCUGGGGUGCCUCAUCGUUGUUCUUAUUGUUAUCAAAAGGAAGUGUAAACGUAGUGCUUUAGUAGACAGUGAACAUCAUGCAGGUGACCAAACAUAACAAUAGCAGAAACAGAGUAACAGUGACAACAGAAAAUAGAAGGAAAAUAAAAACAUUACGUGUACAGUUGUCAGCUGAAAUCAAAUCAAUGGACUGUCGUAUUUUAAUUUUUUACCUUUAUAAUGAACUGGACAAUAUCAAUAUUCCCACUGAUGUGUGAUAUAUUUGAAAAAAAACACUAUGUCUUAAAUUGUUAUUGUAAUUUAUUGUAUCCUGUUGAAUUUGCAAUCGUCUUGAUUAGCUUCAAGUGAUACACUUUUGCUGGGUAGAUUUUCUGCGGAUUGUCUUUACGAAAUAUAUAUGCAUAAACUGUACAUUCUG